AUGGCCCAGAAACAUGACCUGCCCCUAGAUUCGUCGGAUGAUGACUACCGUUACACUGACCGUCUCUCAGACCAUGGCCACAAGGCCCCAGACAGUGAUAGUGCCUCCGACUGCCCCUCUGACUAUGGUUACCCAGAGCGUUACACCCCUGAGCCACGAGUCAGGCGAGUCAGACUUAUACCAAACCAACACAUCAGGCUACUAUUUAUAUAUAUUUACAGUAUUAACAGUCUCUGUUUCUUUUGUCUAGCUGGAUCCCUUCUGCGGAUUGUGCUGCUGGGUAAAACAGGCGUGGGGAAGAGUGCCUCUGGGAAUACCAUCCUGGGCGCUGAGAGGUUCUGCGAGGAAUACUCACCUGAAUCAGUGACAAGGGAGUGUAAGAAAAACAAAGCCAACGUGUCAGGAAGAGAGGUUGAGGUGGUCGACACUCCCGGACUCUUCGACACAUUGUUCACCAACGAGCAAAUGAAAAAGGAGAUUGGGAGGUGCGUGUACAUGACCGUUCCCGGACCCCACGUCUUCCUGCUGGUGAUUAGGCUGGGUGUGAGAUUCACCGAAGAGGAACGCAACACCAUGAAGUGGAUUCAGGAAACCUUCUCCAAGUUGGCUCUGAAAUACUCCAUGGUUCUAUUCACUGGUGAGGACUCUAUCAAAAUAUCAGUGGAGGAUUAUAUAAAGAAAAGCGCAGCGCUUAGACAGCUAAUUAGCCAGUGUGAGAACAGAUACCACACCUUUGACAACACGAAGAGGGACCGUACACAGGUGACCAGUCUGCUGGCCAAGAUUGAUAAGAUGGUAGCGACCAAUGGUGGACAGCACUACACUGAUCAUAUGUACGAGGAGGCCCAGAGAAAGAUUGAAGAGGAGAAAGAGAGGAAGAGGAAGGAGGAAGAGAAGAGACGACAGGAAGCUGAAAAGAAAAGAGAAGAGGAACAGAGGAAGAGAGAGGAGGCCUUGAAAAAGGAGUGGGAAAGACAAGAGGAAAAGAGACGUGAGGAAGACAGGAAGAGGAUUGAGGAAGUAGGCAGACAGAGGCUGGAGGAGGAGAGAAAGAGGAGGGAGGAGGACAGGAGGGAUAAUGAGAAGAAAAGAGAGGAGGAGAGGAAGGACUGGGAGAGGAAAAGAGAGGAGGAGAGGAAGAUACAUGAGGAACGGGAGAAGAGAAGGGAGGAGGAAAGGAGGGAGGAGGAGAGGAAAAGAGAGGAGGAAAGGAAAAAAGAGGAGAGGAAAAGAGAGGAGGAGAGGAAGGAGUGGGAGAGGAAAAGCGAGGAGGAGAGGAAGAUGUAUGAUGAACGAGAGAAUAAAAGAGAGGAGGAAAGGAAGGAGGAGGAGAGGAAAAGAGAGGAGGAGAGGAAGGACUGGGAGAAGAAAAGCGAGGAGUUGAGGAAGAAAUAUGAGGAACAAGAGAAGAGAAGGGAGGAGGAAAGGAGGGAGGAGGACAGGAAAAGAGAGGAGGACAGGAAUGACUGGGAGAGAAAAAGAGACGAGGAGAAGAAGAUACAUGAGGAACGAGAGAAUAAAAGGGAGGAGGAAAGGAAGGAGGAGGAGAGGAAAAGAGAGGAGGAGAGGAAGAACUGGGAGAAGAGAAGAGAGGAGGAGAGGCAGGAAUGGGAGCGAAAAAGAGAGGAGGAGAGGAAGAUGUAUGAGGAACGAGAGAAUAGAAGGGAGGAGGAGAGGAAAAGAGAGGAGGAGAGGAAAAGCGAGGAGGAGAGAAUAAAACAUGAGGAACGAGAGAAGAGAAGGGAGGAGGAAAGGAGGGAGCAGGAGAGUAAAAUAGAGAAUGAGAGGAAGGACUGGGAGAGGAAAAGUGAGGAGAAGAGGAAGAUAUAUGAGGAACAAGAGAUGAGUAGGGAGGAGGAGAGGAAAAGAGAGGAGGAGAGGAAAAGCGAGGAGGAGAGGAAGAAACAUGAGGAACGAGAGAAGAGAAGGGAGGAGGAAAAGAGGGAGGAGGAGAGGAAAAGAGAGAAGGAGAGGAAGGACUGGGAAAAAAAAAGAGAGGAGGAGAGGAAGGAGUGGGAGAAAAAAAGAGAGGAGGAUAGGAAGAAACAUGAGGAACAAGAGAAGAAAAGGGAGGAGGAAAAGAGGGAGGAGGAGAGGAAAAGAGAGAAGGAGAGGAUGGACUGGGAGAGGAAACUAGAGGAGGAGAGGAAGAAACAUGAGGAACAAGAGAAGAGAAAGGAGGAGGAGAGGAAGAAGGAGGAGAGGAAAAGAGAGGAGGAGAGGAAGGACUGGGAUAGAAUAAGAGAGGAGGAGAGGCAGGCCUGGGUUAAGAAAAGGGAGGAGGAAAAGAGGGAGGAGGAAAGGAAAAGGGAGGAGGAGAAGAAGAACUGGAGGAGGCAACUAGAGGAGAAGAUGGGUUACAUGGACCCUGUGGUCCUCCUGGACCUGCUGGACCCCCAGGUGUUCCUGGACCUGCUGGAACCCCAGGUUUUCCUGGAACCCCAGGUUUUCCUGGACCUGCUGGACCCCCAGGUGUUCCUGGACGUGCUGGACCCCCAGGUUUUCCUGGAGCCCGAGGUGCUCGUGGACCUUCUGAUAGACCAGUCCAGUACUGGGGACCAUAUUGUGAGAGAAGCAUUAGAACCACUUCAGAAUGCCAAACUUGUCUGGUACAAGAACUCCCAGCCGCUGCCUAAGAAAAACUCCACCAUCAACAACACACUGUACCUAGACCCAGUCAGCAGUGAGGAUGCAGGCAGCUACUCCUGUGGGGUGGAUGGCUACGAGGACGAUCUCUCCCCAGCAGUGACUCUCAGUGUCAGAUAUGCACCAAAGGCUCCCUUUGUCUCAGUCAGUCCCUCUGGUCGUAUAGUGGAGGGCGGUUCACUGACUCUGAUCUGCAAUAGUGAAGCCCACCCACCGGUGUAUAACCACUCCUGGUUUAAGAAGACUGCAACUGGAUCUGUACAGAUAGGAUCAGACAAGAAUCACAAAUUCAGUGACAUCAUGUUGGAGGACAGUGGACGUUACUACUGCGUCGCAAAGAAUGAACUUGGCGAAGAAAGCUCCAGCAUGAUGUACAUAGAAGUUACUGGCAGACUGUGGCUGAUCCUGGUUUCUGUCGGGGGGGUGCUCGGGGCUCUGGCUGCUGUGGCUCUGAUUGGUGUCAUCAUCUACAAAGUGAAGAGGUGGGUUUCAUCCACUGGCAACUACACUAUGAAAGACAAACUAGACGAACUAGGAAAAGUUUAAGAAAAAAUAACCUCACACCAUAGCUUUUCUGUAAUUACUCCAGCAAGUUUACUAAGCACUGUCUUCAACUGGUAAUUCUUCUUUUUUUUGUAGAUGGGCAUUUAAAGACACUGCAGAUGGAAAGGUAUUCUCUCUGGCUCGCUCUCUUCAAGCAUAUGUCCU